CUGGGACAACGAGGGGGGCCGGGGCGGAAGUAGCGUGGGGCGUGUGGGCGGGGCCAGGCGCAGCCAUGUCGGCGGCCUUGCUGCGCAGAGGCCUGGAGCUCCUGGGGGCGCCCGAGGCCCCCCAGGCCAAGCCGGGCCAGGCCAAGCCGAGCGGGGCUCCGGGGAAGCAGGCCGCGAAGGCGAAGGCGAAGGCGAAGGCGGCCCAGGCCGGGAAACUGCGGAACUCGGCGAAAGGGAAAGUGCCCAAGUCGGCGCUGGCCGAGUUCCAGAAGCGAGAGCAGCGAGGCUACCUUGGCGUGAACCUGGCGUUUAUGACCAGUGCCAGGAGCACCGUGCCCGAGUCCGUCACCAGGCAGAUUCUGCGCCAGAAUCGGGGCCGCAAGGCCUGUGACCGGCCCGGGGCCAAGAAGAAGAAGAAGAAGGCUGAAGGCACGGUGUUCACGGAGGAGGACUUCCAGAAGUUCCAGCAGGAGUACUUCGGCAGCUAGGCCCCUGGAGGCCAUGGGAGAGACUUGGGCUCAGCUUUCUCCUCUGACCUCGCAGCCACUGCUGGGCCUGGCACCCUGCCAUGCAGAGGGGCCAGCCUGACCUGAGGAAGCCCCGGAGCUGGAGCCAGGGGCAGGGUGGAGUGGAGCUGGCGAGCUGGAAGCCUGCGGGAGCAUUUGAACAUUUAAACUCUGACGGGAAACCCGCAGGCUUGGGAGGAGCCACCUUCCUGCCAAAAAGGAACCUUUCUGACUUGUUUGCUUUGGCCCAGGUAGGACCUCUUGGCUGUUUGCUUGUGGAGGCCAGUUCCUGGGCCGCAGGGCCACACCUCCAGGAGCAGGGGGAGGCUUCUGGGUAUGCUUCCGGGUUCUAAUAAAUAUGGCUGGAGCUGGAUGUGCGCUGCUGGUCU